AUGGCCCCCUCAGCAAUCGUCGAAUACCCUCCUGCUGCCCAUGAUGCCGGGCAAGUUCUUGAAGAUCUCUCCGACGCCAUCGACGAUGUGAACUGCAUCAAGUACGACUCGGAAACCAAGUUUGACACAGCGAAGGACAAGACCCAGUUCCGUCAGUAUGAGGAGGCUUGUGACAGAGUCAAGAACUUUUACAAGGAGCAACAUGAGAAGCAGACCGUCGCCUACAAUCUAGCUGCUCGUAACCGGUUUAACAGCGCCUCGCGACCUCGACCCGAAAUGACCGUCUGGCAGGCCAUUGAGAAGCUCAACACUCUGGUUGAUGAAUCUGACCCCGAUACCACUCUAUCUCAGAUUGAACAUCUCCUUCAGUCUGCUGAGGCUAUUCGCCGCGACGGUAAGCCUCGCUGGAUGCAGUUAACCGGUCUGAUCCAUGACCUGGGCAAGCUGAUGCUGUUCUUCCCCGAACUUGAGACGCAGGGCCAAUGGGAUGUCGUUGGAGAUACUUUCCCUGUUGGCUGUGCUUUCGACAAGCGAAUCAUUUUACCCGACACUUUUGCGGCCAAUCCCGAUACCAAGGACCCCGUCUACAGCACCAAGUUCGGCAUUUAUGCCCCUGGCUGUGGCCUCGACAACAUCAUGCUCAGCUGGGGCCACGACGAGUACCUCUAUCAUGUAGUCAAGGAUCAGUCCACUCUGCCCGACGAGGCUCUCGCCAUGAUCCGCUACCACUCCUUCUACCCUUGGCACCGAGAAGGUGCCUACCGCGAGCUCAUGUGCAAGAAGGACCACGAUAUGCUGAAGGCCGUACAAGCAUUCAACCCCUAUGACUUGUACAGCAAGAGCGACGAUGUCCCGUCGGUUGAGGUACUUAAGCCUUACUAUUUGGAUCUGAUUGAUGAGUUCUUCCCGCAGAAGGUCAUCAAGUGGUAA